GUGUGUGAACUGGUGGGAGAGGAGAGGACCAGUGACUGUAGCUGAGAAGACAAGUGCGGGAGGCUCGGCGCUGACGAAGAAGGACCGCACGUAAAUAAACACGGCGUUGCUCCAUCGCAGGGGGACUUAAGGUACAGAAGAGGCUUCGUGAUUUGCUCCGCUGAGGGAGGAGAUCAGAUAGAAGAAAACCCAGGAGAAGAAGCAGACGGCUAUCCAGAGAGGAGGAGGAGAGAGAGGGGGACUCUGCAGAUUUUGGUGUUGUGGAUGUGCACGCGUCCUCACACAGUGUGACAGACAGGCAUCCCUGUGAUCCGGGUCAGACCUUUUGCGUCAAACGCCGAUGAUGGAGAGGAGGAGGAUGGACGCGUCACUGCUGGUGCUGCUCCUGGGACACCUGGCAGCCGCACUGGAGGUCCCACUAGACCUGCCGCAGCCACCGACCAUAACUCACCAAUCCCCCAAGGAUUACAUCAUCGACCCUCGAGAGAACAUUAUAAUUCACUGUGAAGCCAAGGGGAAGCCUCAUCCCAGUUUCUCCUGGACAAGAAACGGGACCCACUUUGACAUCGAGGAGGACCCAAACGUCAGCAUGAAGCCACACUCUGGGACUCUGGUAGUGGACAUCAGCAGAGCGAAGGCCGAGCAAUACGAGUGUGUUUACCAGUGCACAGCGAGGAACAAACAUGGAACUGCUGUUUCCCACAACAUUGUCGUACGACAGUCCAGGUCCCCCUUGUGGUCAAAGGAGAGAAUCAGUCCAAUGGUGGUUCAGGAAGGCGUGUCCCUGGUGUUGCCGUGCCGACCCCCUGCUGGCCUGCCCCCUCCCAUCAUAUUCUGGAUGGACAACAACUUCCAGAGGCUGCCUCAGAGCAACAGGGUGUCCCAGUCCCUCAACGGAGACCUUUAUUUCUCUAAUGUGCUCCGAGAGGAUUCCAGGAACGACUACAUCUGCUACGCCCGUUUCCCGUACACUCAAACCAUCCAGCAGAAACAACCAAUCAGCCUCAAGGUCCUCAGCCUGGAUGCAAUCAAUGACACAAUGGCAGCUUUUUACAAUGACACUGAUUUAUUUAGUGACGACCCUGCGGAUGAGAGGAAGCCAACCUUCCUCGUCCCAUCUGGCCCCUCCAGCUCCAAAACCGUGCUGAGAGGACAGGUGCUGGAGAUGGAGUGCAUCGCCGAAGGACUGCCCACCCCGGAUAUCUCCUGGACCAAAGUGAGCGGCGAGCUCCCCACCAAGCGCACGUAUUUCCUGCACUACCAGCGGACUCUUCGCAUUGAGAACGUGUCGGAAUCAGACGCUGGAGAUUACCGCUGCACCGCCAAGAACAAGCUGGGCUCGGUGCACCACAACAUCCACGUCAUGGUCAAAGCCGCUCCUUAUUGGAUCGGCGCACAGCCCAGAAACCUUGUUCUCGCUCCGGGAGAGAACGGGGUGCUGACCUGCAGAGCCAGUGGCACGCCCAAGCCCUCCAUCACCUGGGCCAUGAACGGCAUCCCCAUAGAGAAUUCUCCAAAGGAUCUGAGCAGAAAGGUGGAGGACGACACCAUCAUCUUCACUGAUGUGCAGACGGGAUCGAGUGCAGUCUACCAGUGUAACGUCUCCAAUGCCUACGGCUACCUCCUGUCCAACGCCUUCAUCAACGUGCUCUCCGAGACGCCCAGAGUGCUGACACCAGCCAACAAAGUCUACCAGGUCAUCAAAAACCACCGGGCCCUGAUGGACUGCGCCUCCUUUGGGUCACCCAUCCCUAAAAUUACCUGGUUCAAAGACAGCCGGUCGAGCACCCUGGAUGGAGAUCCUUACAUCCUCCAUGACAACGGGACUAUAGAGAUACACACAGCUCAAGCACACAAUGCUGGAAAAUACACCUGUGUGGCCAGGAACUCGCUGGGGAAAGAAGAGAAUCACAUCCUCCUAGAAGUCAAAGAGCCCACCCGGAUCCUGAAGCAGCCAGAGUAUAAGGUGGUCCAGCGGGGCCGCUCUGCAGUGUUUCAGUGUAAAGUGAAACACGACCCCUCGCUGAUCCCCACCAUGACGUGGCUCAAAGACGACGGAGAGCUGCCUGAUGAUGAGAGGUUUUACGUAGACUCGGACAGCCUCACCAUCACCGAGGUGUCAGAGAUCGACGCGGGCGUGUACACCUGCAUCAUGAACACGACUCUGGACCAUGAUUCAGCCAGCGCUGAGCUCACUGUUGUCGAGGCCACGCCGACACCAGCUGUUGUCACUGAGCGACCCGACCCCCCUACUGACCUCGAGCUGACAGACCAGAAAAAGAGGAGUAUUCAGCUUACUUGGACCCCUGGGGAUGAACAUAACAGUCCAAUCCAGAAAUUUCUGAUUCAAUAUGAAGACUCACUGCACCACCGAGGUCACUGGCAUAAUCUAACCGAGGUUCCCGGAACCAGGACGACAGCUCACCUCAAACUGUCACCCUACGCCCACUAUACCUUCAGAGUCCUUGGGCAUAAUGCUGUGGGUUUCAGCCGCCCCAGUUUCCCCUCCAGGGUGUACAAGACAGAACCCGCAGCUCCUGACGAGAACCCAACAGGUGUACAGGGAUUGGGGACAAAACAUGAUAAUCUUGUAAUCUCAUGGAAGCCGCUGACGGGCCUCCAGUCUAAUGGUCCAGGGCUUCACUAUAGAGUUAUGUGGAGGCAGAAGGCGGUGAACAGCGACUGGAACACAGCGAGCGUAGCGAACACCUCCAAGUUUGUUGUGUCUGGAACGCCCACGUUUGUUCCAUACGAGCUAAAAGUUCAGGCUGUAAACGACCACGGAGCGGCCCCUGACCCUGCUAUCGCCCAUGGCUUUUCAGGAGAGGACUUGCCAGUAGCAGCUCCAAACAAUGUGCAGGUCAUGGUGUUGAACAGCACUCUGGCAGAGGUGCACUGGGACCCUGUGCCCUCAAAGUUUAUACGUGGACAUCUCAAAGGAUAUAAGGUGUACUACUGGAAAGAGCACAGCCUGCAUAAACACAACCCCCACCAUGUGGAGCAGGAGAUCCUGACCUUCAGCGGGAACCAUACUCACGGCAAACUGCCCGGCUUACAUCCCUACAGUCUCUACUCCUUCAAUGUCAGGAUCUAUAACGGCAAGGGGGAGGGUCCCGCCAGCCCCACCCAGGAGUUUGAGACCCCUGAAGGAGUGCCGGGGGCUCCUACUUCCCUGUUAGUCACCGACACAAACCUGGACUCUCUGACUCUUGAAUGGAGUCCCCCUCAUGUCCGCAAUGGACGCAUCACUGGCUACACCCUCAAAUAUCAGCCAGUCAAUAACUCCAACGAGCUGGGCCCAGUGGAGGAGCUGGCCCUGUCCGCCAAUGAGACCUCAGUCACUUUGUCCAACCUCAGGCACAGCACACGCUACAAGUUUUAUUUGAAUGCCAAAACAGUCAGGGGAGCAGGCCCCACCAUUUCUCAGGAAACUGUCACCAUCAUGGACGAAGCUCUAAUAUCACAGCUUGACGUAGAUGUGGGCACCGGUGUCGGUGGAAACACCCAAACCUCUCAUCCCAUUGCACGGCCUCCUCCUCACCAUCCACACAACAAUGCAAUGCCCGCGAGUCCUUUCGGGAACGUUAGCUACUCGGUGGGAGACGACGGGGCCCUGAUCAGUUGGGAUUACUGGGGGCCGGAGAAAAACGUUUAUGUAGAAUACAGAUUAGAGAACAGUGAAGGUGAAGAGGAGUGGCAGAAAGAGCUUGUGAACGGCUCUCAGAACGUUAUGCUGAAGGGCUUAAAGGGGGGCCUCUCCUAUAGGGUGCGUUUGGUGGCCAAAGGUCACCACGACCAGCCGCUCCACCAGUCACAGGAGCUCUUGGUCAAGGUCCCAGGUGAGGCAGUUCCCUGGCGCUCGGGCCCGGCCUUGCCUUGCAUCGUGUAGAAUGUGUUGUAGUUUGUGGCGUUGUGUAAUUGUAAUCCGGUUGAGCAUGGGUUUGACAGAUGUGUUGUGGUUGCUCCGUAUGCCAGGCAUGAACUGUAGUGAUCUAGAGACAGGGAGUAGCUGCUUGCAUGAUCGUGUGGUUGUAAAGCAGCAUACUUCAAGUCAGUCUUUAGAUUUGGCUUUUAGAGA